AUGGGAGUCAAACAAAAGCCAACACAGUCUACAUCGAUAAAUGGGCUAAGUCAAGUGUUAGAUAAAGAUAGAGAACGUGAAAAGAGAAGAAGAGCAGCAGAGACAAAUGUAGGAAAAGAAUUUCAAACGAUUGAUUUCAAUUCAAUGGAUAUCUCAAUACUUCGUAAAUAUGCUAGAGUACAUAAAAUUAAAGUAAAAUCAAAGACAAACAAAGAAGAACUAGCAGCUGCAGUAUCUCGUCAUUUUGCAAAUCAAACUGUUAAAGAACUUGAUACAAUUACUUGUUUCUUAUAUACCGCUCAUUAUAAAGAUUCAGUCUUGAGAUUACCACUUCAAACUGGAUUUUAA